UUCGUGCCAAGCGCCUCAGAAGUUUGCUUCCAGUUUGCUAAGCCUGAAACAUUUUUUCCCCUUCUCUUUCCCCUUCCCUGCUUUUUUGGGAUCAGCCCACAAGUGACUGGCUCUCCGGUGACGCAGUGUCUACUGAGGCUUUCUUUGAACCAUUAGCAGACAGGCAGAGACACUUUUUUUUUUUGGUGUUCCUCUCCUCCUUCUCUCUGUCUUUCCACCCCCCUCUCCUUCACCCCAGCCCCUCCAGCGUCCUCCCUCCCGAGCAAGAGGAGGACAGAAGGGAGAAAACAAUUGCCCAACUCAGGAGUUCUGCAAGGAGAGAAGGCGAGAGAGAGAGAGAGUGGGGGGGAGGGAAAAUCCAACCUCCAUCCAAAAAAAGAAAAAACCCUUCAGCAAAACCUAUCCCUGGGCAUGAAACUCACUAAUCUCGCCUGCUCUCCAUGGCCACGGAUGCUGCAAUGCGCGCUCUUCUGCGUCUUGAGCCUUGAUCUGCGUCUCGGCGCUGCUCGCUCAGAUUCCAAGGUGUUUCUGAUUUACAACAGCAGGCUGCAGGGCUGCUUGGAGACCAAGGACACCCUGGUGAAGGUCUCUAAACCCUGCAACGUCAGCGCCCCAGCCCAGCAGUGGAAAUGGGUCUCCCGGAACCGACUCUUCAACCUUGGGACCAUGCAGUGCCUCGGGGUCUCCUGGCAGGGCAUCAACUCCACCGCAGCGGUGCAGUCCCUGGCCACCUAUGAGUGCGACCGUGAGUCCGUCAACAUGAGGUGGAGCUGCCGGAGCUUAGGGGAGCAUCUCUCUCAGUAUCUGAACGCCAAGGCAGGGAACCUCUCCCUGGCUCCUGUCGAGAGAGGAGAUCAGGCACGCGGCGGGCAGUGGAGCGUCUACACCACCCAUGAAGAUUUGUGCUCCAGCCCCUACUCUGAAAUUUACACCAUCCAAGGCAAUUCCCACGGGAAGCCCUGCACCAUCCCCUUCAAGUACGACAACCAAUGGUUCCACGACUGCACCAGCACGGGCCGGGAGGAUGGGCAUCUGUGGUGCGCCACCACGCAGGAUUAUGGCAAAGAUGAACGAUGGGGCUUCUGUCCCAUUAAGAGCAACGACUGCGAGACCUUCUGGGACAAGGAUCACCUGACCAACAGCUGCUACCAGUUCAACUUCCAGUCCACCCUGUCCUGGCGGGAGGCGUGGAGCAGCUGUGAGCAGCAGGGGGCCAACCUGCUGAGCAUCACCGAGAUCCACGAGCAGACCUACAUCAACGGGCUGCUGACAGGAUACAGCUCCACCCUCUGGAUCGGGCUCAAUGACUUGGACAUGAACGGGGGCUGGCAGUGGUCCGACAACUCGCCCCUGAAGUACCUCAACUGGGAGAGCGACCAGCCUGACAAUCCCAGCGAAGAAAACUGCGGGGUGAUCCGGACGGAGUCCUCGGGGGGCUGGCAGAACAGGGACUGCAGCAUCGCCCUGCCCUAUGUUUGCAAGAAGAAACCCAAUGCCACCUCCGAUCCGUUCACGACAGACUCCUGGUCGGAGGUGAAGGUUGAUUGUGAGCCUACCUGGCAGCCCUUCCAGUCCAGCUGCUACCGGCUGGUUGGCGAGAAGAAGAGCUGGCAAGACGCGAAGAAGACCUGCUUGCGUGGCGGUGGGGACCUGGUGAGCAUCCACACGCUCUCCGAGCUGGAGUUUGUCACCAAACAGAUCAAGCAAGAUGUCGAGGAGCUCUGGAUUGGCCUGAACGACCUCAAGCUGCAGAUGAAUUUUGAGUGGUCAGAUGGGACGCCGGUGAGGUUCACGUACUGGCACCCCUUUGAGCCCAACAACUUCCGAGACAGCCUGGAGGACUGUGUGACCAUCUGGGGACCGGAAGGGAGGUGGAACGACAGCCCGUGUAACCAGACGCUGCCCUCCAUCUGUAAGAAGCCCGGCCGGGUGAGCCAGCGGGGAGAGGAGGAGGAGGACCACGGCUGCAAGAAGGGUUGGAAAUGGCACAGCCCCUCCUGCUAUUGGCUAGGAGAAGACCGUGUGACCUACAGCGAUGCAUGGAAGAUGUGCAGUGACUACAGCGCCACCCUCGUCACCAUCACCAACAGGUUUGAGCAGGCGUACGUCAGCAGCCUCAUCUAUGGCUGGGACAGUGAGUAUUUCUGGACGGCGCUGCAGGACAACAACAAAACGGGCGCUUUCCGCUGGCUGAGUGGCGACGAGGUCAUGUACACCCACUGGAACCGCGACCAGCCCGGUUACAACAAAGGCGGCUGCGUCGCCCUGGCCACGGGGAGCUCCAUGGGGCUAUGGGAGGUGAAGAACUGCAGCACAUUCAGGGCCAAAUACAUCUGCAGGCAGAACCUGGGGACCCCGGUGAACCCCGAGUUACCAGCCCCAUACCCGACGCCCAGCCUCACCGGCUCAUGCCCCCAGGGAUGGAGCUCGGACCCCAAGCUCCGACACUGCUACAAGGUGUUUAACUUCGACAAGCUGCAGGACAAGAAGACCUGGAUUCUGGCCCAGCUGUUCUGCCGUGACCUGGGGGCACAGCUUCUCAGCCUGGGCAGCUACGAGGAGGAGCAUUUUGUGGCCAACACCCUGAACAAGAUCUUCGGCGAAUCGGAACCGGAGAUCCACGAGCAGCACUGGUUCUGGAUUGGCUUGAACCGGCGGGAUCCUGGAGCAGAGAGGAGCUGGAGGUGGAGCGACGGCCUCGGGUUUUCCUACCACAACUUUGACCGCAGUAACCAUGACGAUGACGACAUCCGUAACUGUGCAGUGCUGGACCUGGCGUCCUUGCAGUGGAUGCCCAUGCAGUGUGAAUCACAGCUGGACUGGAUCUGCAAACUGCCCAAAGGUGCUGAUGUGAAGGAGCCAGAGAUCCCCACCCAAGGCAGCAAAGAGUGGGUGAAAUAUCAGGACGCAGAAUACAAAUUCUUUGAGCAUCACUCGACCUGGGUGCAGGCUCAGCGGAUCUGCACCUGGUUUCAAGCCGAGCUGGUGUCGGUUCAUAACCAAGCCGAGCUGGACUUUUUGGGCCAGAGCCUGAAGAAGUUCUCCAGGGGCCAGGAGCAGCACUGGUGGAUCGGGUUGCACACCUACGAAAACGACGGGCGAUUCAAGUGGUCCGACGGCUCCCUCCUGAACUUCAUCUCCUGGGCGCCGGGCAAGCCGCGGCCAAUCAGCAAGGAGAAGAAGUGCGUGUACGUGACGGCCAGCAGAGAGGACUGGGGGGACCAGAAGUGUCUAACUGCUCUGCCGUAUAUCUGCAAACGGAGUAACACCACUGCUGUGAAGCCCUCUCUGCCACCACUGCCCACGCCCGUUCCUGGCGGCUGCGCACGGGGCUGGAUCCCGUUCAUCAACAAGUGUUUCAGCAUCAAGGGCCACGACAAGGCUGAGCAGGUGAAGUGGCAGGAAGCGAAGCAAGCGUGUGAGAGCCAGGGCGCCGUGCUGGCCACCAUCUCCAACCACCUAGAGCAAGCUUUUAUAACCUCCAUCCUUCCCAAUGUGACCUUUGACCUUUGGCUCGGCCUCCACGACGCCAAGCAGGAGUUCCAGUGGGUGGAAUCGGAACCUCUCCGAUACGUCAACUGGGCCCCAGGGGAGCCCUCUGGGUACGGCACCUCCACAGCGAACGACAAACCGACGAACUGCGUGAUGGUUUGGCACGGCUCCCCUCCCCACUUCACUGGCCGCUGGGACGACAGGAACUGCCUGGAGGAGAAGCACGGCUACAUCUGCCAGCGGAGCAUAGACCCAGCUCUGAGCUCAUCCCGGACCAGCUACCCCCCGUCCCCCAGCUCCCUGCUCUCCUACCUCAACAGCACCUACCGCAUCCUGCAGAAACCCCUGAAGUGGCAGGAGGCCCUGCUGCUGUGUGAGACCCGCAACGCCACGCUGGCCAGCGUGCUGGAUCCCUACACCCAGGCCUACCUCACCCAGGCCAUCAGCAGCUUGCGGGCCCCGCUCUGGAUCGGCCUGGCCAAUGAGGAGGGAGGCCGGAGCUAUUCCUGGCUCACAGAAGAGAGCCUCUCCUAUGUCAACUGGCAGGAUGGGGAGCCUCGGCAGGUCACAGGUUGCUCCUACGUGGACGUGGAUGGGACGUGGCGGACGGCCGGUUGUGACACCAAACUGCAAGGGGCUAUCUGCAAGGUCAACUCAGGGUUCCCCCCGUCACACAAGUGGAGUUACAGUGGGAGCUGCCCGAAGUCGGUGGAGGAUUCCUCCUGGAUCCCCUUCAGGAAUCACUGCUACACUUUCCACAUGGAGGUCACUCUGGGGCAGAAGGACGCCAUGAAGAGAUGCCAGAAAGCUGGCGGCACGGUGUUGUCCAUCCAGGAUGAGAUGGAGAAUGUGUUCGUUUGGGAGCAUCUCCAAGCCUACGAGAGCCAGUCCAAGGGCGCCUGGUUGGGGAUGACGUUUAAUCCCAAAGGAGGCACCUUGGUUUGGCAUGACAACACAGCCAUGAACUACUCCAACUGGGGCCAGCACGAUACCGGCCCCAGCAUGCUCAGCCAGAAUAGCUGCUACUGGAUCCAGAGCAGUAACGGGGUCUGGCACCUGGGCUCCUGCUCGAAUGUCACCAUGGGGCUCAUUUGUAAGAUCCCCCGAGUUGAGGAGAGCAGCUUCUCCCGAUCAGCUCUCCCGGACAACACGACCGCCAUCGCCGUGGUUGUCCUCUCAGCACUAGCGCUGUGCGCGUUGAUCGCCCUCGCCGUCUACCUGUACAAGCGCCGGCGGAGCUCCGAGCGGGGGGCCUUUGAGAGCGCCCGCUACAGCCGCACCACCUCCAACCCCAGCGAAUCUGCCGAGAAGAACAUUCUGGUGUCUGACAUGGAGAUGAACGAACAGCAAGACUAAUGGGGGGAGCAAGGGGGGGAGGGGGAGGGAGAGGGACUGAGAGUACCAGGCACACUAUCUCCACACCAAAUACACAAGGUCAGCAAAGGACAACAGCAGAAUCACUGCGGCUGGGACAGGGAAGAAGAGCCAAAAGGGGUCUGGGGUGGAACCAGGGCCUUUGUCACCAGGAAAUCAAACAUGGGGCCAGCAGCGUAUCCCUCUUGCAUGCCCUGGGAGGCACAAAGCCGCCCCGUCGGUUUGCAGCACCCGUAGGAGUUCGGGGGAAGGCAGUCCCUAGGCCGCAGGGGGAGGGCAGAGUGUCGCCCAGUUAGGGCCUUUCAGAGACCUACACAGGAGCCAAGACACCUGCAACCCUGAGGUACUAUUAGGCUUGAGCAUUUAGGGCCAUUAUGUUGUUCUCUGGACUGGCUCCCGAGGCCACAUAGGAGACAGGCUGGUGGCCAGAGAGAACUUCCCUCCAGGUGAGAGAUCUCUAAACCCAACCCUUCCCCCCCAUCCAUGUAUCCAGGGGGAGGGCUCUGCACCCCUCCCCAAGCGUCUGUGUCUGAGCUAUCUCCACCACACCUCCCUGGGUUACUGCAGCACAGACGCUUUCUCCAUCCCUCCCUCAGUUAGCAGAGCAUGGCUACACGGCCCACGUUCCCUUCAGCAAUGGCGGUGUGGGUAUCCCGGUGACCGGAGUGUGGCAUCCCACUAACUCCCCUGGGAUCAGAUCAGAGGCCCUCCUUUCCCAUCCCCCCCGCCAGAUACAAGAGUGUGAGCACUCCCUUCUCUUCUAGCGCUUCGUCUGAUUGGGAGGGGUGAGGGGGGCUGCAAGGGAAUGGUUUUCCAUGUAGCCUUUGUUCCUAUCCUGUCAUUUUUCCUGCGACUUCUCAUCAUGUCACAGUGCAAUUAUAUUUAUUCCAUAGGGUGUCAGAGACUGGAUCCCUUGCCCAUCCCCACCCCAACUUCUCCUCUCCCGUGGACUCAAACAGAGCCACGUCCACCAUGCCUGAAUGAUGUAGAGAACUGGAAGAUGAGCUGACCCGCUUUGUCUCAUGUGCCGAUAAGUGGCUUAUGCCCAAAGCUGCUAGGCUACAAUGAGACUUGAGCCACCAAGCAGCCUGGUCGUUGUGGUUCUGAUUGCAGAUUUCUGACAGGAAGCUCAGAGUAAGGAAUGAAAGGCCCCUGACUCUACAAAAUGUUCCUGGGCCAGAUAUGGCUUGGCUACAGAGCUUGCUUACACACAGCAGAUGUGUUCAUUAUACGUUCCUUUAAUGCUCUGCCAGAGAUGGUUGACAUGCGUUUAAAUCAGGUAUUUUACACACACUGCCAUGUGGUGGCUGAGCAGUGUAACAGUUUAUCGUUCCCAUGACUUCACCCCCAUUAAGUUCUACAUUCCUACCUUACAAUAUUUGAACUAUCACAUUGUCUUUGAAGUUCAGUACAUAUCAGUCUGUUAAGUGCCUCUGAAUCAUACUGUUCUUCUAAUUACACAAGCCGAAUAUGGAACACUUGGCUAUCUGGCUAGCUGUUAGUUGCAGCAACUGGCAGUGGUCGGUUUGGAAUCUUUGAGGAGUCAUUUUGCCUCUGCCAUGUGCAGAGUUUGCUCUGUUGAUUGUUCUUUCUGAGGAACAAACAGUAGAUGUCAAUGGUUUUGGUUGAACUCUCCACUGUUGGUCUCGGUCACACAUGAUCUGAGUGCUGAAUUCUUUUUCUUUACAACAGCUGGAGUUGCCCAUCCUUUUUCUCCAUCCAGUUUGACGUGAACAGUCACCAGGUUCUAGACCGGGUGGUUCUCUGAGUGGCAUUUGUUCUAAAAGUGUUCAGAAGCUCUUUCAGCCUUUUUAUCCAAUUUGGCUACUCUCUUCAUGUGUGGCUAUUUUGGAAAUAUGUUCUUUUCCAAAGCUGGAACAGAAGGUGUGAGUUGUCUUCCCAUCAGGAGUUGUGCUGGACUGUAUCCAGUAGCUGUUGUUGUUGCUGAUUUGUAACUCAGAAAAGCAAUGAAUGGAUCUUCCUGCUGUAGGACUUUCCUGUCUGCCUGUAGAGCUCUCUCAUCUCUCCAUUCGCUUGUGGGUAAAAUGAGAUGCUAGUAAUAUGAUUAAAAUCAUUAUUUCGUUUGGAAUGA